AUGGCUGCCUCCAUUUCCGAGCAAGAUACUACUAACGGUGAGGCCAGCCCCGGAUCACCUGAACAAGCCAAAUCCAUUAUCAACGAUGUUCAUAUAAGUGCAGACAGAUGCCUCAGCUCGGAGGUAGGCGAAGCAUUUCAGGCUUGCUUGACUCCGUCAGAACCACAAACGCAAAACCUCCAAUGCUCACAGCACUUCAGCCGGACCUCCUCUAUGGAAAUAGUAGAACUAUACUCGGUGCUUUGGGAUUGCUACACGACGGAGAAAGCUGAGCUUCACAGACUUCAGCAGGAGGUUAAGAUCCUUCGUUCUGCCAACGCUCAGCUAUGCCUUAGGUUGCAGAUUGCAGAACAAGAGUCAUACAACCAAAGGGCAUUUUUAGCAUACUUUGAGCAGCGUUUUGCAAAUCUUCAGAAAAACCUCAAGAAUUUCCUUCAAUAUAAAGAGAAUGAUGAAUCUGAGGUCAAUGCCGAAGCAAUUUGCCAUUGA